AGAACACCAACAGCAUAGCAACGCCCUGGUAACCAUACACAAACAUGGAAGCAGAGAGUUUUGCUAUCCCUACAUAACUUUUUUAUUCAACUUUAUCCAGUCUGUUAGAUUUCAUACCAUAUCUGCUGUAGAUGUUGGUGGGUUUUGGCUGAAACUUCUUUUUGUUCUCUGACUUAAAAUAAAGAGUGAGUCAUUUCUACUUGAAUCCCUGGGAAAGGGAAAAUAUUGAGCUACAAGUUUUGAACAAAGUCUGGCUCUUUUAAAGCAUAUUAAAUGAACAAGAACACAAAGGAAAACCAGGCCUGACCCAACAUCUAUAAUAUUUUGAAGAAGUUUUUUCUAGGUACGGCAUUGAUUUUUUUCCAGAAACAAUAAUUAACGAGCAAAAUAUCCUCAUAAAAGUUUUUCCAUUGCAGGAAUGGCUUUUUUACUCAAAGUCAUUUGAUACAUUAUGACGUAAAGGCAAUUGAUGAGGAUGUCCACUACGAACGUCAUGACAAGCGUCAACGCCGCUUUUGACCCUUUCUGUGAGUUUGAAUUCUUCAAGCUAACCCCCCUCUCCAUAUACCCCUGAUCUCUGCUGUAAAUUGAGAGCUAUAUUUGGAGGAGUGUGAUGAUGUCACAAGUGGUUGAGGGUAGGAGCCUAUAACAGAGCGAAUGGAGCGAGUGAGUGUGUGAGUGUUUGUGUGAAAAACAGAGACAUCGCCAGCACCUUCUGGAGCUGCUGUCCACUGGUUCGAAACUGCUGGAAAACAUUGAAAGUAUUGCAGUCUGCCAUGCAUCAUCUGAAACUGUCCUCCCAGGUCCUGAUCUUCCUCGUGAUGCUGCAUUGUGUCGCCACAGUCCCUCACAACAGGUACUCCCUUUCGUCCAAUGAGCAGCCGGAUGACUUGCAAGAGGCCGAUGGAUGGCUGGUUGCAGAUCUAUCUGACAAUCCCUUUGUGAGUUUUACAAGGCCACGGCCCCCAAGGGGUCUCAGUGCAGUGAACAGUCAUCACAUGGAAAAGAGGAGGUGCAAUACAGCUACCUGUGUUACUCAGAGAUUAGCAGAUUUUCUCAUCCGAUCCAGCAACACCAUCGGCACCGUCUAUGCGCCAACCAACGUCGGAUCCAACACUUAUGGAAAGAGAGACCUGCUCCAGUCACCUAUUUACUUGCCCCUAUAGUUCAAUUGGCAACGCAAUCGGGGGCUCGUCCGGGAUUUGAUCCGGGGAACCCCAAAGCGAGAAUC